GCAUACCUAACUAUCACCUGCAAGCCGGCGGCAUCCCAACUCGCCGCGUCGCGUACACCCGGAGGCGGAUGGCCAUGGCAAAGUCUGUCCUGAGCUUGCUCGCGCACCUGCACGCCGCCGUCCUGUUCCUUCCGGCGGACCCGGCGGCCGGCGCAGCAAUGUACAACGUGCUGCGCUACGGCGCCCGCCCCGACGGCGCGGCGGACGCGGCGGGCGCCUUCCUCCGCGCGUGGGCCGACGCAUGCCGCUCGACCCGCCCGGCCACCGUCUACGUGCCGCCCGGCCGGUUCCUGGUAUCGAGCGCCACGUUCACCGGCCCGUGCCACGGCCACGCCGCCGUGACGUUCGCCGUCGCCGGCACGCUCGUCGCCCCCGCGGGCGCCGGCGGGCGCGGCUUGUCGGGGAGGUGGAUCACGUUCGAGAACAUGGAGGGCCUCGUCGUCUCCGGCGGCACCUUCGACGGCCGCGGCCGGGCGCUCUGGGCCUGCAGAGCGCGCGGCGGGAACUGCCCGACGCCGGCGUCGUCGCUGACGAUCGCGAACUCGAGGGACGUGGUGGUGGCCGGGGUGCGGUCGGUGGACAGCGAGCUGUUCCACGUGGUGGUGCUGCAGUGCGUGGGCGUGACGGUGCGCGGGGUGACGGUGGAGGCGCCGGCGGACAGCCCCAACACCGACGGGAUCCACAUCCACAUGUCCAGCCACGUGUCGGUGUACGACGCCAGGAUCGGCACCGGCGACGACUGCAUCUCCGUCGGCCCCGGCAACUCCCACCUCUGGAUCGAGCGCGUCGCCUGCGGCCCCGGCCACGGCAUCAGCAUCGGGAGCCUGGGCAAGCAGGAAGGCAUGGCGGUGGAGGCGGUGCAGAACGUGACGGUGAAGACGACGUGGUUCGCCGGCACGACGAACGGGCUCCGGAUCAAGACGUGGGGCGGCUCCAAGCGCGGGUUCGUCCGGGGGGUCACCUUCGCGGACGCCACCAUGUCCGGCGUGGACAACCCCAUCAUCAUCGACCAGCGCUACUGCCCCAGCGGCAGCGGGUGCCCCGGCGGGAGCUCCAGCAUCAGGAUCAGCGACGUCAGGUACGUGGGCAUCCGGGGCUCGUCGGCGACGCCGGUCGCCGUCAACUUCGACUGCAGCCGGAGCAACCCGUGCAGCGGCAUCCGCCUGCAGGACGUGGCGCUCACGUACCGGAGCCGGCCCGCCGCCGCCAAGUCCUACUGCCGGAAUGUGCAGGGGAGCACGCUCGGCCUCGUUCUGCCGCCGAGCUGCCUCUGAUGUAUCAGACGGCAGCCGAUCGAUGAGCCGAAGCAGAUGCAUCAGUGGCUGCAUUGCCACGUGUAUAUAGAUGCAUACGUCGAAUGUAUCACGUAUAUGUAGCGAGUGCUUAGACUACACGGACGGCACGUACUUAAUUACCAUCGUAGAUGAAUCGUAGAACAUCUGUUGGUUGUUUUGUUCUAUCGUCGUCUUUGCCUUUUCAUAAAAUGAUUAGUGUAGCUGGCAGAGUGACUGGCUGUAAUUAUCUGACUUCAUCUUACAAAUAAAGACC